CUCCAAAUACGGGUCGCGCUAUCCACUACGCCACCAUGGUACGCCCAGGUAUUUUUAUAUUGAAAGAAAUCCUACUAGUUUUCGAGCAGCACCACCCCGCAAAGUCGGCUUUAUUCAGUAGUCGACUCAAAGUUCCCUUAUCUGAGGAAACAGGAGAUGAGGAUUUCCUGUACGCUGAACAUCUGCUCUUCAGCUACAGCGCUGUUUCUCGGAUGGUUUCCACUUCAUUUUCUUCAUCUCCGUACUGAAUCUGAAAAACAAAUAUGGUUGUCUUAAAACUAAUAUUUCUGCUGAGUACGUGGAGCUUUACUGUUACAGCAACAGAGCUAUGGAUGAAGCAUUAUCAACCGAAGAACAGCUCUGUGUGUCUCCGUGUCCAAAAACCUCCUCCAUACAGAGGCGGUAUUUGGACAUUUAAUGGAAAAUUUGUCGCUGAUAAGGAGUUUACCCAUAAAGACUAUGCAGAGAGAAUGGUUUUCACCUCUGAAAACCAUUCUUUGUGUAUAAAUAGACUGACUGAAAACGACACGGGCAUCUUUAAGGUCACUUACUUGUCCAACCUUAUUCAACAAUCAGAAAAUCACCAAAUUAUUUUACAAGGAAUGAUUCCCAGACCAGUGAUGGCUGUGACACCAGAACGUCGUUCCAAUCUUUCAGCAGAAUCAUGUGAUUUCACAGUGAACUGCUCCAUCCAGGAUGAUUGGCUGGGGUCCGUCUGUCAUAAAAACGGUUGCAGGACGUCUCAGAGGUCCUUUAGCAACGUCAACAUCAGCAUCUUGAUUGAAAACACAGUUGUUGUCUGCAGUGGAAACAACCACGUCAGCACAAAUAACGUCUCUCAAAACAUUCCAACUACGUGUUUCGUAAAGACGAAUCUUGAACUUAAAGAGGAAUUACACAAUCGUCCUAAUACACUUUAUAUUACCGUCAUUGUCAUUGCUGUUGUUGUUGUUGUUGUAAUAUUCCUCAGUUUUGUUAUUGCCAGAAAAUAUUGGAAAUCCAAACAUAAUCAGGAGACAGCGUCUGUUGCCCAGUUAAUACAAAGCGGACCACUAGAGACCCAGCAGCCUUCUGAGCCCAGAGCCUCAACGUCUUCCAGUGAAGCGGACCCUUCAUAUGAGAACGUGGAAGCCAAUCAGCCCAGAGAGACCAGCGACCCGAGACAUGAGGUCAUCAGUGAGAGUCAGGAGGUAGACACCGUCUACAGCGUCCCCAGAAAGGCUGCGUCUUGUGUCAAAAGGGACAAGAAACAAGAUGCGUUACAAGAUGAGAACACGCAAAGGACUUCGACUUCAGGGUGCGUCAAUGUAAAUAUGGACCUGAGCUCCACACAAACAGAGACCGUGUACAGUGUGCUGGAGAUGCCCAAAAAAUCUGAACACAUAGCACCACCAAGAGGACAAGUGUGAGUCUAAGAAGCCGAGAGCAACUCAAAGAAAGAUCAGCCAGGAAGUGAACUCCAAAUGAAUUACAAUAUGCUGUUGCUUAUCUAAGAUCAAUGGCAUUGGCAAAAGAUUCAAGAGGAAAACAGGUUGAACAAUGUAACAAACUUAAUUUGUAUUUUUUUUUUUUUUUUUUUUACAAAUUAAACGUCAGCAUUGAGAAAGACUGAACAUCUUUUCAGGCAGAUCUUUAACAGCAGGUUUUUAUUUUAGCAUCAGUGGUUAACUACAGUGGUGAGAAAAUAAAGUUCUGACAGUCAGGACAAAAUCAAGGGGGGAAGAUGCGUCAUACUUGGCCUGGUCUGAGGUUGGCAGGAAUGUCUGUCAGAAUGAUUUUCUGGUCAGAGACAGAUGAGGUUAAAUUAGUAAAUAUGCUCAUGGUAUUAGUCUGUAUGCUCAUUAUAGUGACCCGGGAAAGAAACUGUCUCUGUUGCAGUUUCUUUCCCUGCUUCCUGAGCUGAAGCAGGAAGUACAGGAAGUUCUUCUGAACAGUGUCUGUGUGUGAAGAUCAUCUCCGGCCCCAAGUUAGGGAGGCUCCUCAGGAGCGUAAUGGUCCACGGGAGCCACAGCGUCUACAAAUGACGUCAAGGUUCAAUGUUCCUCUAGCGUCUGGUUAAAUACAAUUUUGUAAAAAACUUCCACAGUAUUUUCAGUCAGUAAUAAAUUAUUACCAAGCUACGUAAAUUCUCACACAAAGUAAUAUGAAAAUGUUGCAAAUAUAUGAGAACAAGAUGGCGCCAGCGCUUCUGGCUGCUCCCGUCGUGUGUGUUAAUCUGUGUAUAUUUGCUGUAACCGAUUAAUGAUCCGUGCUUGACGAAC